GUGUAUGAAUGUAUAUAAAGUGAUGAAACCAGAAAAAAAGGGUAUAGGGACACGACGACAGACAGAGCUCUCUCGAAUUUUAUACAUUUCUCUCUCUCUCUCUCUAUUUUCUCGCUCUAAUUUUCGAUCGAGAACAGCAAGUGACAAGUUCAAUCCUUUCUUUCCUGUAAUCUAGGGUUCCCCAUUUCACUCUCCUCGGAUACAGCACACAAAUCUGUGUGGACUUUUAUUAUUAUUUUUUUACUUUUUGCGCGAGUUUGAUUCGUUCUGUUCUCUGAUCCGCGUGUAGAUCAUGACGAUUCCGGAUUCAUCUGGGUAUCACUACAUGAUGGAGAAUGGAUCGAUAGAAUUGCCAUGCAAGCCGGAGGAGGAGAGGAGGAUUGUUCAGGAAUUGACUGCCAAAGCUGAGUCUAAUUUGCGCGAGGGCAAUUUGUAUUACGUUAUUUCAAGCCGGUGGUUCAUGGCCUGGCAGAGGUACACUGGGCAAGCAGAAGGUGCAUUUCCGUUUGAAGAUCGUUCUAUUCAGUCUCAAUCUCUGAUACUAUCAAAUGCAGAAGAUAGGCCUGGACCGAUUGAUAACAGUGAUAUUAUUGUGAAUGGAGGGGAUAAUAAGGAUGAUGACCCUCAGCUUCUCAGAACACUGGAAGAAGGGCGUGAUUAUGUAUUAGUUCCACAGGAAGUUUGGGAGAAGCUCUUGAAGUGGUAUAAAGGAGGGCCAGCAUUGCCAAGGAAGAUGAUUUCAGUGGGGGAUCAACAUAAGCAGUUUAUUGUGGAGGUCUUCCCCCUGUGUCUCAGACUAAUUGACUCUAGAGAUCGGAGUGAAGUAGCUAUAAGAAUAAGUAAAAAGGCUUCUUUGCAUGACCUCUACGUAAAAGUGUGUCAACCUAAAGGUUUACGCAUAGAAAAGGCACGUAUCUGGGACUAUUUCAAUAAGCAGAAGCAUACUAUAUUAAUUUCUUCGAGCCAAACUCUGGAGGAGUCUAAUCUGCAGAUGGAUCAAGAUAUUCUUCUUGAGGUGCCAGCUGAGGGUUUUGGCAUGGAUUCAACUGGAAAUGGUUUAGCAUUGGUUCCAGUGGAACCUAUAAGAUCAUCUUUUUCAAUUGCUGGUGGCCCAACUAUGUCUAAUGGGAAUUUAUCUGGUUAUAGCUCCAAUGGCUACCAGAGAAGUACUUCUACUUCCACUUAUGGAGAUAUGGAGGAUGGCUAUGAUGGUUUGAAGUCUGUAACAAGAGCAGAUAGGGGAGGUUUGGCAGGACUUCAAAAUUUGGGGAACACUUGCUUCAUGAAUAGUGCUCUUCAGUGUUUGGUUCACACACCACACUUGGUUGAGUACUUUUUGCAAGAUUACAGUGAUGAGAUCAACAGAAAUAAUCCUUUAGGAAUGCAUGGAGAGCUUGCGGUCGCAUUUGGUGAGUUGUUGAGGAAACUCUGGUCCUCUGGUCGAACUCCAGUUGCUCCUCGUGCAUUUAAGGGGAAACUUGCUCGUUUUGCCCCUCAGUUUAGUGGGUACAACCAGCAUGAUUCACAGGAACUCCUUGCCUUUUUGCUCGAUGGGCUGCAUGAAGAUUUAAAUCGUGUUAAGCAGAAACCAUAUAUAGAAACAAAGGAUUAUGAUGGUCGGCCUGAUGAGGAAGUUGCAGAUGAGUUUUGGAGAUAUCACAAGGCCAGGAAUGACUCAGUAAUUGUAGAUAUUUGCCAGGGUCAAUACAAAUCGACGCUGGUUUGCCCUAUUUGCGACAAGAUUUCAGUAACAUUUGAUCCUUUCAUGUAUCUGUCCUUGCCUCUUCCUUCAACAGCUACUAGGUCAAUGACAAUAACAGUGUUCUACGGGGAUGGGAGUGGCCUUCCUAUGCCGUUCACUGUUUCUGUUCUGAAGCAAGGAUGCUGCAAAGAUCUUAACCAGGCUUUGGCUGUUGCAUGCUGCUUAUCUAGCGAUGAAUACUUGCUCCUUGCUGAGGUCUAUGAGCAUCAGAUAUAUCGGUACCUGGAAAAUCCAUCAGAACCUUUGGCUUCAAUUAAGGAUGAUGAACAUAUUGUUGCAUACAGGCUCCUUAAGAGGGAGGCAGUUUCAACAAGAUUGGAGAUAUGCCAUCGAUACCAGGAAACUGAAAGGAAGCUCUUCCUGACACCAUUAGUUACUAUCUUGGAGGAUGCACAAUCUGGAGCCGAUAUUGAUCUUGCUGUUAACAGAAUGCUUUCCCCUUUAAGAAGGAAAACAUUUACCACUUCGACAACAAUGCACAGUAGCGGGGAAAAUGGCUCUGCUUUGUGUGCCAUGGAAGAGCAGACGAACAACUCUAGCACCCAAUUGGGAUCUUCAAUCCAAUCAACUGAAGAAACUGAGCCAGAUGGCAUGUCAAGCAGGGAGUUGUCCUUCCGGCUUUGCAUUACUGGUGACAAGGGUUACGGCUGCAGGCCUAUAGUGAAGGAUUCACCGAUAAGGCCUGGUCGUAUAGUAAAAGUUAUGCUGGACUGGACUGAGAAAGAGCAUGAGCUAUAUGAUUCGAGCUAUUUAAAGGAUCUUCCUGAGGUUCACAAGUCUGGAAUUCUUGCAAAGAAAACCAAGCAAGAGGCCAUCUCUCUAUUUUCGUGUUUGGAUGCAUUUCUGAAAGAGGAGCCACUCGGCCCUGACGAUAUGUGGUAUUGUCCUCGAUGCAAGGAGCAUAGACAGGCAAGUAAAAAAUUGGACUUGUGGAGGUUGCCAGAUAUACUUGUCUUUCACUUGAAACGAUUCUCAUAUAGCAGAUGGUUGAAAAACAAGCUCGACACAUUUGUCAACUUUCCUACUCACAAUCUUGAUUUGAGCAAAUAUGUGAAGAGUAAGGAUGCAUCUGAGGGCUCACAUAUUUACGAGCUGUAUGCCAUCAGCAACCACUAUGGAGGCCUUGGUGGCGGACACUAUUCUGCUUAUUGCAAGUUGAUAGAUGACAACAGAUGGUAUCAUUUUGAUGAUGCUCAUGUGUCGCCGGUAAAUGAGUCUGAAAUCAAGACAUCUGCUGCUUAUGUGCUGUUCUACCGACGAGUUAAACCCACGUCGAGUGGAACAGUGGGUGAGCCAUCAGGUCAUAGGGCUUCGUGAAGUCUCAUUGACGAUUUUGGCAUGAUAUUAUAUUGUCAUGCUAUGCUCCUGAGCAAAGGCCUUCUGUUAUGCGAUUUUUUAUAAUUUGGCAGGAUGGCUUUUUUUUCCCCACAGUGGUGACCUCGAUAGAGGGUUCGAUUUAGCCAAGACGGAGCAAUGGAUGCAUGGCCGUAAUUAGGUUGCUUUAGAUGAGAGGCAGAGCAGAGAAGGUAGGAUAAAAUUUGUACGCCAAGAAAACAGGCGCUGUAUUAUUUGAAUGCCUAUAAUUUUUUGUGGCAAGUUUUGUAUGUCGACCAUAUAUUUGAAGGAAUCUGCAUUUCUCUGUUGCAUUUAAGAUAUAA